AUGACGCACACGAUCCUGCUCGUGCAGCCCGAGAAGUCCCCGACCUCGCGGACCUUCAUGGACUUCGAGUCGGUCCCUCAGGCUAUGGACGGCAUCUGCGGGAUGUUCGAGAGGAAGCUGAAGACCACGCACAGGAACCAGCCGAACAUCACGUACAGCGCGGAGGACCUGUUCCGCUACAUCGACGGCCUCCCGGACCUGGUAGCCAUGGUCCUGAACCAGCAGAUGGGCGCGUACGUCCCGCACAACAAGGAGUGGAUCAAGCAGAAGACGUUCGACCACCUGAAGAAGCAGAUGGGGUAG